AUGGGCCAUUUCAGGAACUGGGUAUUGAUUUGUUUUCUUGUUUUUCAAUUUGUAGAUGGGUUCUAUCUUCCCGGUAGCUUUCCGCACAACUAUAAUAUAGGCGACAAACUAUCUGUGAAAGUUAAUUCAUUGUCAUCGAUUAACACCGAAAUCCCCUACGCAUACUACAGCUUGCCCUUCUGCAGGCCUUCGGAGGGCAUCAAGGACAGCGCAGAGAACCUCGGAGAGCUCCUCAUGGGAGACAGACUCGAGAACUCUCCUUACCGGUUCAAGAUGUACUCCAACGAGACUCAAAUAUUCCUCUGCAAUUCCAAUCCUUUAUGUGCCGAAGAAUUCAAGACCUUGAAAGAAAGGAUUGAUGAAUCCUAUCAAGUCAAUUUGAACCUUGACAACCUUCCUGCUAUCCGGGUCAUGAUAAAAGACGGUUAUCUUCUUCACUGGACAGGGUAUCCUGUUGGGACGAAGUUUCAAGAUGAAUAUUACGUGUUCAACCAUUUGAAGUUCAAAGUUUUGAUUCAUAAAUACGAGGAGCCAAGUAUGGCUGGUGUCAUAGGGGCUGGAGAUGGGGCAGAAUUGAUCACCACAGAUGACAAAACGAGCAAUAAAUCAAAAGGUUAUAUGGUGGUUGGUUUCGAAGUUACACCUUGCAGCUUUCGUCACAUUCCUGAGACGGUGAAGAAACUAAAGAUGUAUGAUAAGUACCCUUACUCCAUUGAAUGUGAUCCCAUUACAGUGGGAAUGAACGUAAGUGAAAGCAAUCCUAUACCAUUCAGCUAUGAGGUGUCUUUUGUGGAGAGUGACAUCAAGUGGUCUUUAAGAUGGGAUGCAUAUUUAAAGAUGGAAGGAGCAAAGGUUCAUUGGUUUUCAAUCUUCAAUUCUCUAAUGGUCAUAGCUUUUCUUGCGGCCAUAAUCCUCGUAAUCCUCAUGAGAACAAUUCAUCGUGACUUGGCUCAUUAUGAGGAGCUUGACAAGGAGGCCCAAGCUGAGAUAAUUGAAGAAUUAUCUGGGUGGAAGCUUGUUGUUGGUGACAUUUUCCGCACCCCGGCUAACCCGGUACUUCUUUGCAUAAUGGUUGGAGAUGGGUUUCGGAUCCUAGGAAUGGCUUUAGAGACUAUUUUCUUUGCUGCUCUUGGAUUCAUGUCUCCUGCUUCUCGUGGAGCCCUUGUUUCCGGCAUGCUUUUCUUUUACACCUUCUGUGGUCUCUUGGCCGGUUAUAUUGCAGUUUGGCUUCUGCAAACGAUGACAGGUGGUGAUUCAAGGGGUUGGUUAUCUGUUGCUUGGAGGGUUUCUUGUUUCUUCCCGGAUUAG